UAGCUCCUGCCUGGAAUGCCCCACCUAUUCUUUGAAUCCCCUGAACCAGGAAUGGCCCAAGUUCUAUGCAAGUCUCACCUACCCCAGGAAGGAUCUCCUGACUACUCUAGCCAAUUCAAUCAUUGUUUUUAUUCAAUCACUGAUUUUAAACAAGUUCGUAUACUACGUGCUAAGAAGAGUAAUAAAAAAAAUUCCCAACCUUCUAAUUGCUCAUAGAGGAGGAGGUGGCUAUGUGAUCAAUAUAAAAUGCAUGGUGUUAGGGGAAACCUGGGAAGGCUGACAGAGGUCAUGAGAGUAGGUAGGAUCUUGCAGGAAGAGGCCAAUGGGUGGGAGGGCCUAGGAAUAUACAUCCUCUACUAUGUUAGCUAACCUAGAGCCAGAACUCUGGCCUCCCAAAUGUAACCUUUAAGUCAAGGUUCUUCAUUUUACUAUCUGAAAACAGGGCAAGCAGCACAUUCUGUUUGUCUGCACUUGUCUUUCCCCCUCCUUCCCGCUGCUCAUGCCAGGUGCCAGGCACAUGGAGAGCUCACUAUUGUCAGAUCCAGGAAGUAAAAUCUGCGUAGAACGGCAGGGAAGAGCUACGCGAGUCCCAGAAAAGCACCUUUCUUUUUCGGAAAACCCUUCCAUGAAGUCCUGGACAUGAGAAGGAGUGGUGGUGGUGGGGGGUGUUGCAGGGAAGAACCAAAGGGCAGGGGACUAAAGGGAGCGGGCGAGUUUAGGGGAGCACCUGUGGGCGACGAAAACGGGGGGCUAGGUUUACACUCAGGCCCUGGGCCUGCCUGAUCUCCACUCGCGCCCUGCGGAGUGGCGCGUACUAAAGGCGCGGGGGCGCGGGGGGCGGUGGAUCCGCAGGGUCCGCCCCGCGAGCUUCGGGCUCCGCCCCCGUCUGUCCCUCCAGCCCCGGUGCAGCUGCUUCCGGGCUCUGCGGCUCCAGAAGGCUUGGUGAGGCCGCGGCCCCGACGCCGGGCACGGGAGGGGUCGCAGCGCACAGCGCCCGGACGCCUGGAUCCCCAGGCAGGCCCGCGCUUGGCCUCGAGACGAGGAUCUCCCAAGAUAUUUCUGGCCUGACCUUGCGGAGGCCGCGUCUCAGCUGCGUGCUCGGGUCCCGGUCGGGCCGCUUUGUAGGAUUCAUAGGUCUCUAAAUCAAAGGAAGAACGCUGCUGAGUGGAAUUUGCUCAACAUCUCUCUCCUAACCCCCCAAUAGGAGACUGCCUAUUCUUGAGCUCCCUUAGGUCAGCAGUUCAGGACUCUCCAGAUUGGGAGCAGCUGAGAACCCAGGGCCACCUUCCUUCCUUCUUGGAUGGAGCACCGCCUCCCCAGUUUCUGGGGCACCUUGGGGCGUGGCCUUGAACUGAAAAGGAAACAAGCUGCUUGUCACACUUGAAGCUGCACGACCAUUCAGGAAAGUGUGGAGCCACUUCUGAUUUCAGAGUAGGAAUCACCAAAAAGAUAACAGUUCUUCUGAGCUUGAACAGAUCCUGGCUUUUGAGGAGACACUCAGCCCCUAAACCUGAGAAUCUAAGCAGUGCUGGGAAGCAGCCGCAGAAUUUGGGGGCUCAUUACACAUCCCAGCCAUGUUCCUGCGACGACUUGGUGGCUGGCUACCUCGCCCCUGGGGCCGCCGGAAACCAAUGAAACCUGACCUGCCUGCCCCAGAACCCAGACCAGUGGACAGCUCCUCUGAGAAUUCAGGGAGUGACUGGGAUAGUGCCCCAGAAACCAUGGGAGAUGUGGGGCCUCCCAAGGCCAAAGACCCAGGAGUACGGAGGAGCUGUGGGGCUGCUCCACAGCCAAGCAGGGAGUCCCAAGAUGAGCAACUGGGAAGCAAAAGAAUGGAUUCCCUCAAGUGGGACAAGACUAUCUCUAACACUCAAGAGUCUGGGAGACUGGAGACUGGAGGGACCAUUCCCAAACUUGGACGGGAUCCUGUGGACUCAAGUGGCACCAGGAGAUCUGGAGUGUCCCCUGAAGGGGGACUGAGCCCCACCGGGCCUGAAGCCCCAGUGGAGAAGCCAGGGCGGCAUCAGAAACUGCUGGGCUGGCUACGGGGGGAUCCAGAUGGGGGAGCAGGGGCUCCCUUGCAGUACCUGGGGGGCCCAGAGGAGUGUCUGCAGAUCUCAACCAACUUGACUCUGCACCUGCUGGAGCUGCUGGCCUCAGCACUGCUGGGGCUGUGCUCAAGGCCUCUGAGGGCAGCUUUGGACGCGUUGGGCCUGCGUGGACCCGUGGGCCUCUGGCUGCAUGGGCUGCUGUGCUUCCUGGCUGCCCUGCAUGGGCUCCAUGCUGUGUUGAGCCUACUUACUGCUCACCCCCUGCACUUUGCCUGCCUCUUUGGUCUCCUACAGGCCCUAGUGCUGGCUGUCAGCCUCCGGGAGCCCAGUGGGGAUGAGGAGGCCACUGACUUGGAGGGUGAGAAGUUGGAGAGGGAGGGUGAGGAGUGGAGGGGAGAUCCGGGAAAGGGGCUGUGACUGCAGGAUAGGGGGUGACCGUAGUGCCCCCACCCUGAGUGGGGUGGGAGCAAGGGUGAAGAUAGUGUGGCCUUUAGGAGGAGAGUGGGGGUCAUGACCCAGAUUGUAAGCACAGGGACCUCAGGGAUGGGGAAUAAACCCCAGGGUAUGAGGGCACAGGGCCCCCCCUUCACACACAGGGGAGAAUAGAGCUGUUUAGGGUAUCUGUUUAUGGACAAUGGGGAUAUUGCCCUUGAAUUCACCAGCUGUUGUUACUUUUUGCUUUUACGUUUCCCCCACUUUCAUUUUUUUUCUUUCCACCUCUACUUUUUAAAAGAAAAAAAAAAGUGUGGUGGUGACAAAUAAAGACUAAAGGGUCCUCUUUACCCUUCAAAACUACCCAGGGCUGGAGGAGACCAGAGGCAGGACAGACAGACCUCUGACUAGGGUUAGAGGGUGGUUGGAGCCCCAAGGGAUCCCCUUAGAUCUUGGGAUCUGAGCCAUCUAGAGGAGAAUGAGACUGUUCUGUGGGUGGAUUAGGGGGUGUGGAUAGGGACCCCAGGUGACAGGGAGCCUGCAGGGAGGGUCUGGGUGUUCCCAGGAGCCAGGGGAAGUGGGAAUGGUGCAGGCAGUAUUGGAAGGAAGGCCAGUUCAGUGGGACUGGCAGCUCAGACAGGCAAUAUGGGGAAGCAUUGGAGCUUGCAGUCUCCACUCUGGGGUUAGGGGUUUGCACACUCAGCAAUAAAUAACUGUGUCACACCAAAUCCUAAAUAUAUCACUACAAAGUGAGA